AGUUCUAUGUGCCCUGGGAAUUCCCUCUUAUCCCAGUCCCUAAUCAGGGGAAGAGGGCAGCACAGCCUUGGGAAGAAUGGAUAAGCAUGGACUGAAGACCCCCUUGUGGAAGAAGGAACUGCCGGAGCCGCAGGCCAGAGAGGCGGCGGCGGCGGCGGAGGAGGAGGAGGCGGCGGCGGAGGAGGAGGAGGAGGAGGGGUUGGAGUUGGACGAGGACGAGAGGCCGCGGGAGCAGACGGCGGCCGAGGGCGAGGCGCCGUGCCGGGAGGCGGAGGGCGGCGAGGGCCGCGAGCGCGGCUCCGUGUCCUACUGCCCGCUGCGCCAGGAGUCCAGCACCCAGCAGGUGGCGCUGCUGCGGCGCGCGGACAGCGGCUUCUGGGGCUGGCUCAGCCCCUUCGCGCUGCUUGGCGGCCUGGGGGCUCCGGCGGACAGGAAGCGGAGCCUCCCAGAGCCGCCGUGCGUGUUGGAGACGCGGCGCCGGCUGCCGCGCCGCGAGGGCUGUGCGCGCUGCGAGAUCCUUUUCUGCAAGAAGUGCAGGAACCUGCACAGCCACCCGGCCUACGUGGCGCACUGCCUUCUGGAACACCCAGAUCGUGAGGCGCGGGCUUCGGGCGGCGCGGGGGCUGCCGGGGACCCCUGAGCGCCCCCACUGCUAGCCUUUGUGCCCUCCGUCCUCGCCUGACCCCAGCCUCCCCGCCACCUUCUCUCCUCUGACGCGGAGCGUUCUCCAGCACAUUCCACAGAAUUGCCCCUUCCCAGAGCCGCCCUGCCCGGAGCGCCGCCUCCGAGCCGGCAAACAGGCCCACCUGUCACCGAGCCCACCCAAGGCUGAGCCCAGCAUCACCUGGAGCUCCAUGCCUCCGUUAGCGCCUCCCGAGGGCUUCCGUCCUGGGAGGGCACUCAAUGCCUAUCGCCCACCUGACUCGCGUCCCCCAGCACAGUCUCACAUUCAUCUCUUGAGCAUUUCAGGUCCUUCUAGCCCAGUGGGCCUAGGCGUUGCUCGAGAAACUAACCCCUGGGUUCCCUCACCGCUGAGAAACCGCCCCUACCCCUCAUUCAAUAAAGCCUCUAAACAAAGUG